AUGCAACAUCUGUUCGGCUCUCAUCCAUCCUCUUCAGCGUUGGCUGAUUACAUCUCAACCCUUUUUACUCUUGCAAAUAAGCAUCCAAUACCCCCAGAAAUCAAAUCUUAUCCGGACGCUGUCUACUUCAAUUACUUUGCUGUGGGCUUGAGCCUUCUAUUCUCCCCAAUAAAUGGAUACAAACCGGCAACAGAACUCGGCUUAAAAGACCUCCACGACAAAAGCCUUGUUCUCGAGAGCAUUGACCUUUACAAUGUUCCCAAACGCAGCUCUUCAGAUGAUCGAUCCAAAGCUGCAUCAUCGCGAUCGGCCGAGCUCGCGUUUUCAACAUUUCCUGUCGUCCCUUUCACCUUGAGUCUUGUAACAAAGGUGGAUGAUACACGGCCGUUGACGCUGGACGUGCUACCAGAGACAACUGGGAAGGAAUUUGUCAUGACGCUUGGCGAGCCAGAUCGCAAAGGAGGUGGUGCUGGACCAUCGUCUGGGUCGAUUGGGAUAUGGUGCGAGUGGUCGAAAGAUGGUAUCAUGAUUGAGUUUGGUGGAGACGAAGCCAAGGGACCUCAGGCGUGGGAGCGAGGAAAGGACGCAGUAUGGAAGAUCAUGACAGUCUUUCGUGUUGACAACGUUGAACGUUGA